CUGCAGCCCAGGCUUGCAGCCAGAGCGGACCCAGGACCCUCUAUAAAGGCUGUGGGAAGGAGGACUGGCUCCAGCAGUGGCCAGCCCACGGUCCAAGAUGAGGUGCCUCGUGGUGCUCCUUGCAGUUCUCGCCCUUUCCCAGGGCAGUGGGAUCUCCAGGGUCCCUCUACACAAAGGCAAGUCUCUGAGAAAGGUCCUGAAGGAGCAUGGGCUCCUGGAGGAUUUUCUGAAGAAGCACCCGUAUUCCAUCAGCACGAAGUACUCCAGCCUAGCAAAGGUGGCCAGCGAGCCCUUGACCAACUACCUGGACUGUCAGUAUUUUGGGAAGAUCUACAUCGGGACCCCACCCCAGGAAUUCACCGUGGUGUUUGACACUGGCUCCUCUGACCUCUGGGUGCCUUCUGUCUACUGCAAGAGUUAUGCCUGCCAAAAACAUCACCGUUUCGACCCGGCCAAGUCCUCCACCUUCCAGAACCUGAACGAGCCUCUGUCUAUCCAGUAUGGCACUGGCAGCAUGCAAGGCUUCCUGGGCCUUGAUACCGUCACUGUCUCCAAUAUCGUGGACCCCCAGCAGACCGUGGGCCUGAGCACCAAGGAGCCUGGCAAUGUCUUUACCUACUCCGAGUUUGACGGGAUCCUGGGGCUGGCCUACCCCACUCUGGCCUCUGAGUACUCAGUGCCCGUGUUUGACAACAUGAUGCAGAAGCACCUGGUGGCCCAAGACCUGUUCUCUGUGUAUUUGUCCAGGAAUGGCCAGGGGAGCAUGCUGACGCUGGGGGCCAUUGACCCAUCCUACUACACAGGCUCCCUGCACUGGGUGCCCGUGACCGUGCAGGAGUACUGGCAGUUCACCGUGGAUAGGGUUACUGUCAAUGGCGUGGUGGUGGCCUGUGAUGGUGGCUGUCAGGCCAUCCUGGACACAGGUACCUCCAUGCUGGUUGGGCCCAACAGUGACAUCCUCAACAUCCAGACAGCCAUCGGAGCAACACAGGACCAGUAUGGUGUGGUUGACAUCAACUGCGAGAGCCUGAACAGCAUGCCUGAUGUGGUCUUUGAGAUCAACGGCCGAAAGUACCCUCUGCCCCCCUCCGCCUACACCAGCACGGAUAUGGGCUUCUGCUCUAGCGGCUUCCAAGGUGAAGGUGAUUCCCAGCUGUGGAUCCUGGGGGAUGUGUUCAUCCGCGAGUACUACAGCGUCUUUGACAGGGUCAACAACCGCCUGGGGCUGGCCAAGGCCAUCUGAUGGCACCGCUGAGCCCGGACCAGGGAUGUGUGCCCCAAACAGGCAUGCGCACGCCCACACACACGCACCUGCACACAUACAGAUCAGGUUUUCAGGUGCAUGUUUCAAUAAAUACCAUAUCUCUGCAAA